UCAAAAAAUAACCUUACAAAAACGACAAAAACACCAAAAAUCAAGUACACAAGACAAGAAAUUGACCACAAAAUUUUAAUUACUCAGUCAUCACAGUUAUCAUAAUUAUUAUUAAGAAGAUAAAAAAUAACGAGUAUAUAAUCUCACAAUCAUAAUAACUUAGUUACGGAACGUUGCAAUUUGUUACGUAAAAUAAUACAGGAAUACAGCUUGUGUAUUCUUGAGUUUCUGAGUCAUUGCUGCAAGUGUUUAAUCUGCUUGUGAUCAAUAUUGUUGCUAAUAAAUCCAUAUUUCCUUUCGUGUGGACGUGUUUGGUGUGAAAAUCGAGUGAAAAUGUGGAAUAAAGUGAAAUUGGUUUGGUCGAAAACUAAUCGGUGGCAUCGAGUGCUCUUCUUAUUUGCCCUGGUGGAAGCAAAGCUGGUCCCCAGUGGGCAAGUUGGCUUCCAGUGCAAUGAUCCAGCACUGUCCUUUCCUUAUACGGGGGACACAGUCAAUUGGAAAUGGUUGAUGGCUAUCACACUGCUAGUGCCACUUGCUGUGAUGCUUAUUGUAGAAAGGCAGCAAGAUAAAAUAGAAAUAGCCAAAAAGCAUGCCCUAAGAUGGCACAAAGAGUAUUUAUUUGGGUUCCUCAUUAACUUGACUCUUAUUCAGUGUAUAAAGAUCUUGGUUGGCUCUCCAAGGCCUCACUUCUUUGACACCUGCAGACCUAAAGAAGCUCAAACUUGCGAAGCAUCGGAAUAUAUCUCAAGCUACACUUGCACAAAAGCCCAUUGGUUGAGUCAGUCAGAUAAGAGCUUUCCAUCUGGACACACAUCCUUAGCUUUCCACAUGGGGAUAUUCAUUGCCUAUUAUCUGUACCAGCGAGCGGGUCAUGUGAACUUCCGCUCCAUAUUAACACUGCAAGCGUUGUGUAUGCUAAGCGCGACGUACUGUGCGGUGUCGCGUAUGACGGACCACAGACACCACUGGUGGGAUGUGCUGGCGGGUGUCGUUAUAGCUGCACCUAUAUUAGUUUAUACUAUAUUUUGCUCAUGCAAAAAUUUUGAAUGCAGCAUACCGAAAAACGAAGUGAUAUCUGAAAACCAAAGUGAAGGAACCCCCGAGAUUACGAACGAAACGGUUAUAGAAAGUAAAUAGUUUACAAUUUUAUAUCUAUGUAUUAUAGUCAUAAGAUUAAUGAAAAAAAAAACUAUUUUUAUAGUCCUUCAUUUGUAAGGUUUUAAUGCAAUAAUAAUUUAUUUUUUUGGAGCCAAGGAGAAAAAGUCAUUGAUCUAAAUAUUCAUAAUCAUAUUUUAAAUAUUUUUAUAGUACAUAGUACAAUUUUCUGAUGUUUUGUCUUAAUAUAGUUAUAACUUAUACCUUACUGUUAUAAAGCUUCGUAUAUAAGAAGCCGCCAAUCCGUCAGCU